CCAAUCUCCUUGUAAGAGCGUUUCAGCUAUGGCUAUGCCCACUAUGGUCGCAUCACUAUGAAAAGGUCAUGCUAUCAAUGACGGAAAGAAGUAAAGGCUCACGGUCACCUGAGAAGCUUCAAGUCGUACCGAGAUUGAAAAGAUAUGUCUACGGGCCUUUGAAAGCCAGACAGAGCGUUCGAUUUCUCGUCCUCCAGCCAGGGUCCGAAUGCGACCCUUUAAUUGGGAGCCUCGAAGUUGGGAGCCUUGACUUGGCAGACAUCGAACAGCUUCUACCCUAUGAAGCUAUAUCGUACGUCUGGGGGAACUGCGACCGGCAUUUUGAACUCAUUUGCGAUGGCGAUAUCCUCACUCUCACACAAAGCAUUCAUGAUGCAUUACAUCGAGUUCGACUGCCAGACCAACCGCGGCGAUUGUGGGCCGACCAAGUCUGUAUCAACCAAGAGGAUGGAGCAGAACGCAGUCAGCAGGUGAGGCUUAUGAAUUCGGUGUAUAAGAAUGCUAAAAAUGUUCUUGUAUGGUUAGGAAGUGAUUUAGAUGGAGUUGCUGAGAAGGCGGAACGGACUGUUCGUGAACUUAACGAGGCAUUUAAAGAUACCGAGGCCCAUGCGGCCUUUAAACUCAACUAUGAAGAAAAUCUAGCGACACAAAGCUUAAAGCCGUGGAUUCCUCUAGCAAAACUAACAAAACUACCUUGGGUAAUAUGGAUUGUCCAAGAGAUUGGAACCACUGCUCCUGCAACACUGUACUGGGGCGAUACAGAAAUAGACUGGGAGGAAUUGUCUUUUGUGGCAACCGUUCUGAAUGGACAGUAUUAUCACUUUCGUACCCGAUUUUCCAUCAAUACGUCUUCCAUAAGCUACCUACGCCGACGCUUCGUCGAGCCAGACACAGCAUACUACGACCGCAAUAAAGGACACUUUGCAUACGAACUUCACAAGGCCAGGCCUCUUUUGGCGGGCGACAAUCGAGACCGCAUAUACGCCUUUCUAGGGCACUACUCCAUCAACAAAGGUGGUAAAGAACUUCAAAAUCUCACCGCAGAUUAUUCCAAGAGCCUUAAGGAUGUGUACAUCGAUGUUGCGGUGAGAAUCCUCCGCGGCGCCCAAGAUCUCGUCAUGCUGUCUUCAGCACAUUACGACGUCCCGGAUUGGAGAUACUUACCGCUGCACAUCCUUGGCUCACCUUCAGUGCCUCAUCGAGCGUCGAAGGACACCAAGCCAGACUUGACCAUCGAUGAAGAUGCCCGAAUUCUGCACAUCCGAGGUGUCAGAGUAGAUGUUUUGACAACGACUUCAUGGCAGAUUCGCAAAACGGCGUUUCAGAUACGACAGGGCGCUCAGGAGACGAAGGAGAGAAAAGGAGAUUGGGGCAAUAAUCUCCAACGAGAGGAACUCGACGAUACUAGCGCGAAUAAGCCCCCAACAUCUCGUAUAUCCGCUACAUCCUCUGCACUCCCAUAUGACCAUCGUCAAUCUGCCUUCUUCGCCUUCAUUCAGACCCUCACCAAUGGUUGUGUAAGUUUUGAUCGAUCGCGACCUUACUCGACCAUCUCUUCUGAAGAAUUUCUUGCUGGCGGAGCAGCUUAUCUCACCCGUUAUGCACAACCACCCUCCUCUUCUGCUUCUCGUCCCGCUUCUUCCUCCUCAGUUACUAUACAAUCACAAUCGCAGACCUUUUCUCCAUUGUCUUCGAUAUCUCAUGACAGAGACAGAGGAGACAGUACAGUCAGAGUCAACGAGAACGGCAACGCUAGUCCCGUAACCACCAACUUUCUCUCCUCGCACAGUGAGCUCGUAUCUCCCGACAUCCACGCACUAUCCUGCAAUGGUGAUCCCUUCAAAUGGAGCCGUGAGGCCGUCAUGGUUACUCGACACCGCCGCUUCGCCGUCGCCCGCAAGGGGUAUUUCGUGCUUAGGCCCGGUAGGCUGCAGGAGAAUGACGUCGUGGUUGUGCUGCGCGGCGGCACGGUUCCCUUUCUGUUGCGGAGGGGAGGCUGGGUGCUUGUUGGCGAAUGUUAUGUACAUGGACUGAUGGACGGCGAAAAAUGGGAGACUGAAGGGGUGGAGGAAGAAGUAUUUUCGAUAAGGUGA